GACAUUGAUGCAGUUUGAUCCACUAAUGUAUAUCUACGACCAAGAAGUAGUGACAAUGAAGCAGCACUCUUGUCUCAUUCUGACUCCGCUGCUUUAUCCAAACUCCAAAUAAGGCCCAAAAAUUCCAUGAAAUCCAUCCAGCCCAUCUUCACUUCAGUGGCUGUGGUGUUGCCUCGGAAUUCAUUGUCUUCCCACGUUGCCACAUAUGCAAAAUUCCCAAAAAGAUGUAAUCUUUUUUUUAUUCUAACUGACAUAUUCAGACAUAAACAAUAUAGUUCCAACUGAGUGGCCAGCUUCUGAACUGAAACUGAGGGCUGCUUUGGGUUCCAAGGUAUUCCGCUGUUUGUCUGCGUUUUUGGAUGAAGUCCUUGUGGAAUGGCAUGAUGCUUAGGAACUUAUUACGGAACUGCUCGUUUCUUUUCAAACUUACUUGAUUUUAAUGCGUCAUGAAUUGACUUCCGGGCACGCAUGCUUACUCAAUCUUGCUGCGGAGCAAAUUAAUUUCUCCAACUUGUCCAGAAUUAGGAUAAAACAUACUUCAUCAUGUCAUCCAAAUCAUUAGAUUAUGAGAACUUGAAUGAAAAUGUCAAGAAAUGUCAGUAUGCUGUCCGAGGAGAGCUAUAUCUUCGAGCUUCUGAGCUUCAGAAAGAAGGGAAGAAGAUUAUCUUCACUAAUGUUGGGAAUCCUCAUGCUCUGGGACAGAAACCUCUGACCUUUCCUCGCCAGGUGGUUGCUCUCUGCCAAGCUCCAUUCCUGAUGGAUGAUCCUAAUGUCGGAACUUUAUUUCAUGCUGAUGCAAUUGCAAGAGCUAAACAUUAUCUUUCUAUGACUUCAGGGGGUCUAGGUGCUUACAGUGAUUCACGUGGCCUUCCCGGAAUUCGGAAAGAAGUUGCAGAGUUCAUUGAGAGACGUGAUGGAUAUCCAAGCGAUCCGGAACUCAUUUUUCUAACAGAUGGUGCCAGCAAAGGUGUGAUGCAGAUCUUAAACAGUAUCAUACGUGGUGCCCAUGAUGGGAUAUUGGUCCCUGUUCCACAAUAUCCACUUUACUCAGCCACUAUAUCUUUACUUGGUGGCUCUUUAGUGCCUUAUUAUCUUGAAGAGACUGCAAAUUGGGGUCUUGAUAUCGGUAACCUUCGUCAAUCAGUUACUCAGGCUCGUUCUCAAGGAAUAACGGUACGAGCCAUGGUGAUAAUAAACCCUGGAAACCCUACUGGCCAGUGUCUUAGUGAAGCAAAUCUUAAAGAAGUACUGAAAUUUUGCUAUGAAAACAAUCUGGUUUUGCUUGGUGAUGAAGUUUAUCAGCAAAAUAUUUACCAAGACGAGCGCCCCUUCAUAAGUGCAAGGAAGGUUCUGAUGGACAUGGGGCCACCCAUAAGCAAGGAGGUCCAGCUUGUCUCAUUCCACACUGUCUCAAAAGGUUAUUGGGGAGAAUGUGGGCAACGCGGUGGAUACUUUGAGAUGACCAAUAUUUCUCCACAGACAGUGGAGGAAAUAUACAAGGUUGCUUCCAUCUCCCUGAGUCCAAAUGUUCCUGGACAAAUAUUUAUGGGACUUAUGGUCAGCCCUCCCAAACCCGGAGAUAUAUCAUAUGAGAGAUAUGUUAGAGAAAGCAAAGGAAUCCUAGAGUCAUUGAGGCGGAGAGCGCGAAUAAUGACGGAUGGAUUUAACUGCUGCAGAAAUGUGGUUUGCAAUUUCACUGAAGGUGCUAUGUAUUCUUUCCCUCAAAUACGCCUACCUCUAAAAGUAAUGGAGGCUGCAAAAAGGGCUGGAAAAGUAGCUGAUGUUUUCUACUGUCUUAAGCUGCUAGAGGCCACCGGAAUUUCCACCGUCCCAGGUUCAGGCUUUGGUCAGAAAGAAGGGGUGUUCCAUCUGAGAACCACCAUCUUACCAGCUGAGGAAGAUAUGCCUGCCAUUAUGGCCAGUUUCAAGAAAUUCAACGACGAAUUCAUGGAGCAAUAUGAAGACAACGGGGGCUAUUCAAGGAUGUAAAAGAAAUGGUGAAACAUCCACAUGUAUAUUGUUUGAUAAUCUACUUUCUGCACAAAAAUUAUCACAGGCUACUUUAAUCUAUCUUUCUUUCACUUUGAUGUAAUAAAACGGAGAGAUACAAAUGCCAAGUCAUUUUUUAGAAAUAGGUUA